GAGGGGGACUGGACACUUGAGAGAUGAUAAACACUAGUCCCAGGGUAUGAAUGGAAAGGAGAACAAUUUUAUGUGGUUAAAGCUAUCUUCCUGAGGUGUAACCAGAAGCUGAGACACAAAUAACUCAGAAGAUAUAUUGCUUCAUUUGGACUAUUGGAAUUUCAGGAGACAAAAUCUUUAGGUAUCCUGACCCUUGGAAAAGGAAUCUACACUUCAUUUUAGAAAUCCUGUGAAAUAAAAUGCUUGGAGAAGCUUUUCUAAUUGAACUCCUAUACAAAGAACAGAAAUACACAAAAUUUUGUAAACCACUGACAUGUAAGAAGACCUCAAAUGAUGAAAAAGAAACUUGGAAAAAUCAGCUCUCAUAUAUAGAAGACAAUUUACCUGCUCCUCAUAAGACAGACAAUAAAAAAAAUGUUAUGAAAGGAAGUAUUGCAGGACAAAGUAAUAUUACAAAUCAAGUAAAAUCUGUGGAUGAGUUAUCCAUUGUGAAAUGUAAAAUUGCACAUGUUCCAGGAAAUGUGUCUCUUGCAUUACCCGUUCCAAAGAGAGAAUCAAUUGAUAAACAAUUGGAUUUAUAUCGAUCCUGUUCAUGUACAAGUAUUUGCUGGAAUUAUCCUGAUCUACAGAUUGGAGGUGACCAUGUAAGGAACAUAUAUGAUUCAAGUGGCUUUGUGGAACAUGUAAAUGAUGAUGUUUUUAAUGGUCCCCCUUUAUUUUCAGUGGAUAUACCACUGGAUCAUUCCCCUAUCAUUAUUGAGCCUCUAGAGAAAACUUCCAUUUCAAAGUUAUUGAAUGGGGAUGAAUUUCGCGAAAGAAGUAUGUUGUUUUAUAAGCAGCCUGUCUCUAAUUCUAUACUUAAUAAUUAUAUGGAAAAAAAGGUCAGUGAACUCUACAAACAAUUUUUGGAAGAAAAUCUUACAAAGUCUUGCUCCAUAACCAAUCUUAUGGCUUCAGAUUUGCUAAUGAAUAAUGUAAAUCACACUAGUCUUCAAAUAUCUCAAGAACAGAACACAGAGGAAUAUAAAGCUCAGGAAACUGUCCUGAACUCUUUAGCAAUACAGAAACUUGCUAACAUUUCCCAGGGAAACAGCUCUGAAUUCAGCACUCCCCACUUACAAAUAUCAAAUGAGGCAAAUAGGAAACUUGUAUCAUAUCUACAAUGGGAGUCAACUGUAAGCUGAUCGGACUAACCUCAGUGCCUACAUUAACAAGUCUUCUUUGGCUUACCAUGUCACAUUUGAUCUUCUUUGACAUGUAGUUGUUAACUUUUGUUUUGAAAACUGGUUUCACUCAUGGUACAUCUGAAUUCUAAUAGAAGAAAACUGUAAUAAAUAGGCUUUAAUAUUACAUUUUCUUACUCUUUUGACAUUGUAAUUAUUGCCACAUUGAAAUUUGUAUGUUCUAUGUGUGUUUAUCUAACUAAUUCCCACUGGCACUCCAAAUCUAUUACCCCAUGAUAAUUUAGCUGAAUUUAGUACAAAAGUGGGAUGAAGAGUGCACAAUUUGUUUAGUUACAAAAAAGGCAACUAGAAGCUGUAUGACCAAGGGGAAUUUAUUUCUCCACAAAAAUGAUUGCAGACCUAUGAGUAAUGUUUAAAUGUUAUUCAUUUUAUUUCUGACAUAUAGGAGUUUUCAUAAUGACAAUAAAAAUAGUCUAGGGGAAAUCAUGUGCUCAUGUGUCAUAUUCAUAUAUGUAUAUAUAAUUUCCAUAUGUAUUAGACUGUGGUUUGGGGACCUACACAACAGAAAACACUUUAAGUAAAAAUAGGAUUUAAAUGAUAUUUGAAAGAAAAUUGAAAGAAACCUUAAGAAAAAUGGUAAAUUUUCUGGUGCUAACAUUUUAUGUUUUGAACUUUUCUGGGACAGUCAUCCACUUUUUUACAUCAUUAUUAUUACUGGCUGUCUUUAGAGAUGGGAAAACAAAAAGCACGUGGACUGAUAAAACUGUAUAGAGAACAAUUAUGUAGUAAUAAAGAGACUCCUUGGCAACUUGAUACACUAUUCCCAUUAUCCAUAGUCAUGAUCCUGGUUUACAACAAAAUUCAGUAGGAUGUUAUGGAAAUGUUGUGAUUUAAAAGAAAUAAAUUUGCAAAAUAUAUCUUAUGGAAUGCUUUGAUUAUUGAAGUUUGGAAACAACGUACCACACUUAUAGCUCACACUUCUAGAAAUAGUAAAAUGAUUGUCAUAUAUACUUGCUUGUCAAAUAAAAUUAAAAACUUUCCAA